AUCAUCGUAAUUUGGAGAUUGGAGAUUGGAUAUUGGAUAUUGGGGUGUUUUUACUUCAAAAUAUUAAGAGAACUGGUUUACAAUUUUCUGAUGACAUUUUAAUAUCCAUACUUGUUUGUCUCAUGUCAAGAGACAAGCAUUUAAUGUUGACAUGCAAACAAGAACAUACCGAAGAAUUAAAAACUAUGGUUGAACAGAUCUUUCAUAAUGUUUUUGGCUUGAGUUGUGCAACUGUCACUUGCGAUACCUCGCAAACUCCUGCUGACUUUAUUGCCAAUCUUUUUAGUCGACCAAAAGACGAUAAUUCUUAUUCUUCAAAUAGUACUCAUAUUGGUAAUUCCAUUCAAAAUAGUGCUGAGGAUUCAUUUAAUCGUUUACAACCACAAAAGUCUUACAGAUCAUUAAUAACAACAAGUUCGACAAAUUCAUUUGAGAAAAAACCACCCCAGGAAUUUAAAGGAAUAAAACGACAAUCUAAUUUAUCUCAUAGCCCUAGUCAUCUAUAUCAUAAUACAAAUUCAUCUAUAGACACUAAUUUUAGUGAUGACGAUGAAUUAUCAAUUAAUGAAGUUGAUGAAUAUAGCUCACGAAAGUUGAAUGGACGUUCUAGAACUCUUGAUAGUCCUAAGGAAUCAAAUUUCGUUUCAUCAAACUCCCAUCCACGUAGGAGAAAUACUUUUCUCGCAUCUCCAACAUCAACUCAACCUAUUGACAUUCCACAACGUCCAAAUCUUAGCAUAUAUACCGGUUCUCCACGAAAAAAUACAUAUUCUUCAAAUUAUUCACACUUAAACUCAUAUUCUCAAUCUCCAAAUACUCCAAUUGACUUUUCAAGUACUGGAGGUUUUGAUUCAUAUUCUCCUCAUAAUUCUUCGUCUCGAAAAUUGGCUCAAGCUGUGAUAAUAGAGAGUUUAUCUAAUGCUAAUGAAAUAAUCUUUGCAUUUUUACUGGAGAUUCUUGCUCAUAAAGAAGUAACCGAUAAAUCAACAACUUUCUAUUUGCCAAAACCAUUUCUUAUUGUAGCUUUAUUACCAGAAACAUAUCCAAGAUAUAGUCUACCUAAUCAAUUGGAAAUUGACAAAUUAUCAAAAGAUAUGGAUAAUGUUUCAGUUCAUAAUGACAUGCAACGAUAUAUGCGAGAUAUUGUUGUUGGAUUACGAACGCAUAGAAUUGUCAAAAGAGGCAUAACGGCUCGAGCUUCAACCGAUUUGGUAACAUUUGUAAAGUAA